AUGGAGGUGAAGAGUGUGGUGCGCACUCUCACCACUGGGGGCUAUGCGGCAAAGACGUGGACGGUGAUCUCCACGCUCACAAAGGAGAAGUCGCAGGAGCACUUCAACUGCAGCAGCCUUGAGGGCAUGCCCCUGAGGGACGAAUACGACGGUGUAUCACGGCUGCACUCACACUGGGGUCGGUGGCACGCGAGGGACAAACUGAUUGGCCCCACGGUUGCUACUGGUGCCGACUUCUACACCGCGCUGACGAUGGCUGCGUUUGAGGAUAUGGGCUUUUACAAGGCGAACUUCAGCAUGGCGGAGCCGAUGCGCUGGGGCAAAGACGUCGGAUGCGAGUUCGUCGAUGAAAAGCAGUGCAGGCCGGACGACCACACCAAGUUUCCCGCGAUGUUCUGUCAGAAGAACUACAGUGACACCAUGUCGUACUGCACAAGCGACCGCGUUGCCUUGGGCCAAUGCAGUUCUUCGUGGAACGACGAGUGCCUUUUCAUCCGCUCGUCACCUUUUGGUUCAUGCCGCAAUGAGGAAAACACGGCCCUGCACGGGAGCCGCCUGGACGCAGGCUCGUGGUGUCUCGAUGGGGAGUCGCUCAAGGUGAACGUGGAGACGUAUGGCCCGGAGCCCAGGGUGGUUGUGCUGUGGCCGCCGUAUGCGCGGAGGUGGCAUGUGCCAGGGGUUCGUUCAGGGUCCGUUACCUCGGCGACAGUGACUGGUACAACUGCCCUGAGGGCAGCUCUCUCUCACCUGCGGGCACGUCCGUUGACUUUGCGAGCGGCAAGAUCAGGUGCCCCAAGUGCGACGAGGUGUGCACCAUCACUCCCACCGGCAGGAGUCGUGUCACGCGCCACCCCAGCGACGAUGACGAGUUGGGCACUGGGGACGAUUACCCCUCGCAUGCACUGCACCGUGAGUCCCGACGUCAGCAAGGACUUCGUGAACGCAGGCGCCCCGAGCUGCUCCGCCCCGAAGGAACUGAGCCGAAGACGAAGUGGGAAAGAAAAGGACCAACGGGGGUGGAGAGAAAAAAGUGAGCGCUAA